AUGGACAAGAACUUUGAUGCAGAGUGCAUAAAGUCAAAAAAACCCUAUGAUGAUAUCACAUCAGCCGAUGGCACAGCAUUCUUGACGGUAAACCAACUGUACAUGGAGCACCUCAAAAUUGCCAAAAAAAAUAAAGUGCGGUCUACUUGUAAUGAUCACAGAGCUGUAAACCUGGCAAACAAGGACCAGCAGCACCUCAAUGCUACUGGGAUUGGUGCUACUGCCUAUGCCCAGCAUGGAGUAUUUUGCCCGGGUGCCGUAGUGGAUUUUCAGAAAGUUAAAUGGAUUGACUCAGCCAUAGUCCUCUACAAUAUAAUGUGCCAAUAUAAUAAACACUUCUUGAAGAGGGUCCUUGAAAGUCCUUAUCUUCAGGUCCCCAGUGGUGUAUCCAUGUACAAGGACAUUGGAUUAUUUCAUGUGUAUAGUCAUCAAGACAUCUGCUUCCCAAGAUACGCCCCUGCUAUGAGCAAGUCAUAUAGGCAAGAAAUAUUGGACGAUCAUAUGUGUGAUUCCAAUUGGAAGAAGUUUAUAUAA